GCUGUGUACGAUUUGAGUGCCUCUGCCACCAGCGACGUUCGCCACGUCCAAGAGGAAGAAGCAUUCAUGUACUUGGCAGACCGGUUUGGAAUGGCAGACGAGUUCAAGCUCGGCAAGGGCAAGAAGGCAGAAGAGUUGAUCGAGUUCAUCGAUGCCCAAUACGCCGCCAGAGACGGCAACAGCCCCAAAACCAACUUGAUUGUCACCAUCGAUGGUGUGGAACAUCCCCACCAAUUCUUGGAAAGCAGACAGCCUGCGUUCAUGGUUGAGGACGCCCACAAUGGCUUGGCCAAGAAGUUGCCCAACAAAUUGGCCCACGCCUUGAAGUACGAAUCGGUGGAUUUGACCCACGAACUCAAGUUGGUAACCUCCGCAGAAGCCAGCGGCCCCAUCUCCCACUUCAAGUACUUCAACGAGAAGUUGCUCAAGACCUGGGAACACUUCAAGUCAUCUAGCUUCAACCCCGCCAUGUUGAGUUUGAUCAGCGAUAGAUUUUUCAUUGCUGAGUUGUCUCAACUCAUUCACUUGACAGUGAGAAAGGGUGACCUCAGCCAAAACGACUUUGUUUUCGCCAACUUGAACUCAUUGCUUUCCAUUGGAAAGAAAACCGGAUUCGACUCCAACACCUACAAGUUUUCUAACAAGGUUUUGGGAGACUUUUUGGUUCAAUUGUCCAAGGACUUUGACAUCUUGUUGUUUGUCAAGUCCAGCGAAAAGUCUGCUCCAAUGAGCCAAGAAUUGAGAAAGAGAAGUCAGGAACUCGAUGAUAUCUUUGACCUCAACGAUUUAUCUAAAAGAAGCGCUGGUUCGGUUUGUUUUAUUUCUGAAGAAGCUUGUAAAGUCAGCACCUCCGACUGUGCAUCCCACGGUGUUUGCUCCAAGAUCGGUGGAGGAUGCUGGAGCUGCUUGUGCUCGCCAUCUUUCAACAAAACCACCCAAAGAACCACCAAAUGGGCUGGAGCUGAUUGCAGCAAGCAAGACAUUUCUGCACAAGCCAACCUUUUCUUGUGGACCACCUUGGGACUCUUGACCUUGUUGGUGGGAGGACUCCAAUUGUUGUACAGCGUGGGCUCCGAAGCUUUACCAGGAGUGUUAGAUGCUGCCACAUCCUCCAAGAAGAAC